UUCUAACCCAUUUCGUUACCAGUAAUGUUUUCAGAAAUUUGAUGGAAUCUUUAGUGGAGCUUCCAGGACAAAGAGUAUGUCGUGUCCUGAGCAGCAACGAAAAGAAGGGACGUUUCACAGUCGAAAAUUUGAACCAUGUCCGUUGUGCCCUUAUCUCUGAUAAGGAAAAACUCUGUCUUCUGCAAACGGCAACCACAUCCGCACAUUUUGAUGAUGAACAUAAAUUGGCAGAAGCAAGAUUGACAUUGAGUAUGAAGGAAUCUCCGAGAAAAACAUCUGAAGACCAUUAUGUUAUGCAAGUGAUCGAGACUCAUAUCGAUGACUGUGAAUGUUUUAACUUCGGUGAUCCACAUGUGAUAAUUUGUGCAGUAAGCACAGAAGAAAAGUUUAGCUCUUUGGAUCGGAUAGCUUCCAUAAGGAAAAAGCUGGAAUCACAUGAAUGGGUGUGUCCGAUCAUUCUCCUCGCAUACCAUUCGGAGCAUGAAAGUACCAUUUCUUAUGAUGUAAUGAAGGAACUCAAAGAACUGUCAAGAAAUCCAAAAAUAUUCCGUUGUAUGGAGGCUACUGCUUUGAACAGAAAUCUUCUCCGUCACUGCCUUGCAAUGGCCCUCCUUGCUGCUCGACCAUUCUUGGCUGCGGCUCGAGCCGAGAAGGACGUUUGUAUUGAUGAUAUUAAUGACGAUGGUGACAAGAAAACCAGAACGCAAUCUAUAGAAGGAAAACCUCGCAAAGAUUUCCUGCAUGUGAAGCAUUCCUUUUCAAAGUCAUGUAGAAUACAAUAA